UAAAUUUUCUCCAAUGUUGAAAAAAAGAAAGAAAGACAGAGAAUUUAAGUCUGGAAUUUAAUUUUGGUUUUCAAGAGAAGAGAGAUAAAAUUUAGGGUAGAAAUUGUUUUGGGGAAGUUUAGGGUAAAAUCCACCUGUUACCUUUUUAUUGCAUUCAUGCGCCACCGUGGACCAUACGACAUGGUACAACUACCACAUUUAAAUUCCAAUAAUAAUAAUAAUAAUAAAAUUGCUCCAAAAAUAAUAAUAAUAAUAGUAAUUCAAAAUUCAUAUAAUUUCGAUCUCUCCGCCAAAUCACGUUACUGUACUUAGCUCCUCUUUCUCUCUCUCUCAGAGACCUCCAAUGGAAUUUUCUUUGACUGCUUAAAAUGGCAGUGUUUCAAAUUUCAAAAUCUUCAACUGUGUUUGUUUGAUUUUCAAUUUGAAAUGGCGUCCUCUGCUUUCAAAUCCACGACGAAACGGACGCCGAUCGGAGCAUCGGUGCCUUCAAAUGAUGACUCCGCUUCCACCAAUCGGAGUUCGAUUCACCGCCGCUCUCGUAGUCUCAGCCGAUUUUCCCACCCUCUACCGUCGUCUCCCAUCGACAAGGGCUUUGGUGAGGCUUCAGCUCCCCGCGGUAGGUUUGUCAACACUUCGAGAGGCUCGGGGUUCCCUGAAAUCAGUCUCGAUGACUUGGCGGUCGAAUUCUUUGGUUCUGGUGAUCGAGGGCGGUCCGCUGCGAGAAGCUUCGAGUCGAGUGGUGCUACGAAUGCUGCCGUGGCUUCUAAUAGACGAGGGAGGUCGGUUUCGAGACACGGUAGCGCUAAAACUAAUGGCGGUGGUAGCGAGGGCAAAGGACGAGCUGGUUCUGGUGUUUCUGUGGGGAAAGUGGUUCCGGAAAGUAAUUCGAGAAGAAGACGCUCUCUCUCGGUGGUUCGCUACCAGAUUAGUGAUUCCGAGAGUGAUCUUGAUCGAUCGCAGAGUUCUGGAACUCGUGUCAAAGAAAUGAGCUUUGGUAUUGGAAAUAAGCAGAAGCCAAUAUCCCAUAAAGCUGAUGAUUCAAACCGUAGACCAACGUUGCGAAGAUCUCUUAGCCAGAAUGAUUUUAAGUGCCAUGAUGGCUAUUCAAGCCAUUCUUCAGUUCUAACUGAUGAUGAAGGCAAGGAUGCUUACUUCGGUAAUAGUGUAAUGGAGAAGACUAUUCGAUCAAUUUAUGCAAGAAAGGCAAAGCAGGCCAACGGGGGUGUUGUUGACAAUGGCUUGUAUGAAGCAAUGCGGAAAGAACUCAGACAUGCUGUGGAAGAGAUAAGGGUGGAACUUGAGCAGGAAAUGGUGAACAGAAAUUCGUCUGUUGAAACUUUCAGUGAUGACUUGCAUUCCAGUGAUUCUGGUGUUCGUCAGCAUACAUCUCCAUUUACAAGAAACUAUUCAACAAAACAAGAACAAUCAGAGAAGCGUAGAGAGUCAUUGGGUAAGAUGGUGAUGGAGGAGCAACGUGGUCAAGAACUUCCAAAGAUGGUUAAAAAUUUGCCUCCUGAUAUGAAAAAUGUUGCAGAAAACUCCUCACGAACCAGAAAGAGGAGUAACGAUAGAAGUAGGAUGUCUAAACGAUUGAGUGAGGAGGCAGAAAAAUACAUUGAGGACUUCAUUUCCAAUGUCGAAGAUACAGAUAUUUCAUCUCUUGAUGGCGACAGGAGCGACACCAGUUCAUCUUUAGGGGGAAAAGCAAAACCAAAUUUCAAAAUUUCGGCAGCCAGCAGAUGUGUUCCUCCUGGAAUGGAUGGUGUCCUACUUCCAUGGUUGCAGUGGGAAACCAGUAAUGAUGCUACUCCUUAUCCUCGAAAGAAUAUGUUCGAACCUCCUACAACUCCGCAAACUUUUCCAUGGGAUGUAAAUCAGGAUACAAGCAAUACACAAGAUAUAUGUAACCAUUCUGGUAGCAGCCAAGGAAGUUGGAGCCCUGGAGUUACCAUUGGCAUUUCUCGGAAAGUUGUUGAAGAUAUAGGAAGUAGAUUCAAGAAACUUGGUAAUUAUCAGAAUCAGUCCUUGGAAUCAAGAGAAUCUCGGUUCGACAUAGACGAAUAUUUAAAGCGUCCAAGCAAUGAAAAUUUUCUCCUAGAAAGAUGGAAGCAGCAGCACAAAAUCAACUGCAGUGGUCUCUUGCUUUGUAAUCGUGUAUUUUUAUAGGUUUUUUUUCUCUUUCUCACAUAAGAUUGUUUUGGUGACAAUAUGUGAGGUGGAGGAUCGAACCUCUAACCUCGAGAUUGAUAGUACAAGCUUUACGCUAGCUGAUCAUGCUCAUUUUGGUUCUUUCUCUCUCUCUAGUCUUGACCAAUUGUAAAUUAGAGUUCUAUCUGGGUAAAUUAUAAAAAUAGAGUCCUAUAAGGAUUUUCUUGUUGAUGUUAAUGACUCUUUUAGGCUGAA